AUGCUGACAACAUUGCUGCCGCUACUACUGCUGCCUGGCUGGGUCUUUUGUAGCCAGGAAGCCUCACAGGGCCCACAGAGCCUCCACAUGCUCCAGAUCUCCUACUUCCGUGACCCCUAUCACGUGUGGUACCGGGGCAACGCGUCGCUGGGUGGACAGCUGACACACACGCUGGAAGGCCCGGGCAACAACGUCACGAUCCUCCAACUGCAGCCUUUGGAGAAUUCCGAGAGCUGGGCGCGCACGAAAAGCAGCCUGCAGCUCUACCUGAGCCAGUUUCAUGGCCUCGUGCAACUGGUGCAUCGGGAACGGGAGCAAGGCGUGACCUUUCCUCUCAUUGUCACCUGCUUCCUGGGCUGUGAGCUGCCUCCCGAGCAGGAUUCAAAGGCCCGAGUCUUCUUUGAAGUGGCUGUGAAUGGAAGCUCCUUUGUGAUUUUUAAGCCAGAGAAAGCCCUGUGGGUGGCAGCCCCCCAGGAACCCUCCAGAGUGGUCACCUUUACCCUGAAGCAGCUCAAUGCCUACAAUCGCACUCGAUAUGAACUGCAGGAAUUCCUACAGGAUACCUGUGUACAGUAUGUGCAGCAACACAAACAGAUCUCAACAGAUAAUUCCAAAGGGAGUCAAAGAGGCCGCUCCUACACUUCACUGGUCCUGGGUGUCCUGGUGGGCAGUUUCAUCAUUGCUGGCGUGGCUGUGGGCAUCUUCCUAUGCACAGGUGGACGGCGAUGUUAA